AUGACAGACGAGCACGAACAAUUAUAUGCAUCACUCAACACGGAACAAACGGCCAUCUACAACACAGUCAUUGAUUCUGUUACCACCCACAAAGGAGGGUUUUAUUUCGUCUAUGGUCCGGGUGGGACAGGCAAGACUUUCCUAUACAGAGCCAUCCUGUCACGUUUGAGAUCGAUGGGACUAAUUGCUCUUGCGGUUGCAUCUUCAGGUAUCGCGUCCCUUCUAUUACCCGGUGGUCGGACAGCGCAUAGCCGGUUCGCUAUCCCUUUAGAAUUACUUCACAAUAGCACGUGUUCCAUUAAACAGAAUACCCAAUUGGCACACCUUUUGCAGGAGGUAUGGUUAAUCAUCUGGGACGAAGCACCAAUGAUGCAAAAAUUUGCAUUUGAAACACUAGAUAAAACACUUAGAGACAUCUUGGGGUUUUGUUCCACCACAAACAGGGAACGUGCCUUUGGUGGCAUGCCUAUCUUACUUGGUGGUGAUUUCAGGCAAAUCCUUCCCGUCAUCCCAAAGGGAAAAAGAGAAGAUGUUGUUCAAGCAUGCAUAAAUAAAUCGUAUCUGUGGAAAAAUUGUGAACUCUUCACUCUCCACCGUAGUAUGCGUGUCAACGAAUACACCUCAACGGGUGUAGUAGACAUUGAAAGGCAACGUUUCAACAAAUGGUUGUUAGAAAUCGGCGAUGGAAUUGUUCCCUCGAAAGCCAAAGAAGGUGAAGAUGAACCAACCUGGAUCGAGAUACCCGCCAGGUUUAUCAUUGAUAGUUGUGGCCUUCCUGUGGACUCGAUUGUUAAUGCUGUCUUCCCGUCGUUUACAGAAAGGCAGGGCGAUGAUGAUUUUUUGUGUGAAAGAGCAAUACUAACCCCCCGCAACGUAGACGCGGAUGAAAUCAAUGCUUACAUGUUUCGGCAAUUAAGACAGACCACAAAGACCUACAAGAGCUCCGACGAAAUAUGUCGUGCAUCCACGGAUGUAUUGGAACAGGAACAACUCUACCCGUCUGAAUUCCUAAACUCUUUGACAUUCCCAGGUAUGCCACCGCACGCUUUGGAUUUGAAAGAAGGUCUCCCUAUCAUGCUUUUAAGAAAUGUGAACCCGUCCCAAGGCUUAUGUAAUGGCACCCGUCUGAACAUCACAGACCUUGGGAAAUUUGUUAUCAAAGCUAGGAUACUUACCGGGUCAAACCGUGGAGAUACUGCAUUAAUACCAAGGAUAACGCUUUCAUCCACUAAAUCAAAAUGGCCAUUUAUUAUGAAAAGGCGCCAGUUCCCCGUAAAACCAUGCUAUGCUAUGACGAUUAAUAAAAGCCAAGGGCAAUCAUUAAAAGUUGUUGGCCUCUACCUACCCCGACCAGUGUUUAGCCAUGGCCAGCUAUAUGUCGCACUUUCACGGGUUACAACACCUGCAGGUCUAAAGAUUGUCAUCGUCGGAGAUGGCAACGGUGGCAUGACAAACCAUACCAGAAACAUCGUUUACAAAGAAACAUUUAACAAUUUGACUACCUCAGAGUGGCGACAAUAA